AUGGAGCAGCCUGCAGGUUAACGGAGGAUUUCUCUCCUGGUAUAAACAGGCAGUGUUAACUGUUUCCCUCUCUUGGCGCAGUCCAACUCCGCAGGAGUCGCAUAGGAUGUUAUUCAACCUCGUCGGAAGUGACUCUCACAGCUCGACACGCAACAGCAUCAAAACAACCACAAGGACGUAGUUCUUUUUUUGUCUUGUCCUUCGUGGUGGGAAUAAACCAACAUGAUGGACGAAGGCACCUCCAGCGAGUCCAUCCCGGAUCUUAAAGACAUAGAGAUAAAAAUCGGGCGAAAGACUCCAGAGGGUUUGCUCAGGUGGAUGCGGGAAGAGGCGUCCUCUCUCCGCGGAGACGCCAAGCUGCCCAACGCGCACGAGACCAUCAAAGAGACCGGCAGGAAGAGUUUAGAUGAAAAGAUAAGGAAACUCAGGCUGGAGAUGGCUCAUUUACGCUCAGUGGAUGUAAAAAUCCUGCAGCAGUUGCUGACAGUCCACGAGGGGAUCGAGGCUGUGAAAUGGCUGCUGGAGGAGCGCAGCACACUAACAAGCCGUUGCAGCAGCCUGACCAGCAGCCAGUACAGUCUGGGCGAGGGUCCUGACACUUCGUGGAGAGGCUCGUGGAGCAGCCUGCAGGACCCCAAUGACAAGCUAGACAACAUUUCUAUCGGCAGCUACCUGGACACCCUGGCAGAUGACAUGGACGAGUACUGCCCCUCCAGCUCGGAGUCAGUGAUCUGCUCCACCACUCCGCUGGCAUCAGAAGCCACUGCUGGGGGCCGGACAACAAGUGGACCCGGGGCUGCAAACGCUGCAUCAGCAACUGUGGCAGGAGCAGGGGUGAAAUCUGGUUCAGUCGCUGGGGCUGAGACUGGGAAUCGGGCUGGGAUUAAUGAGAAUGGUACCAGGCUUGCAAAUGGAGCAGAUGUUAGAGGUGGACCUGGCAAAGGGGUUAGUAGUGUUGUCUGUGGGCCUUGGGCAACUGGAACUGGGAAACUGGUAGCUCCUUUUGGCUCUCCCCAAGCCAAGUCAGUAGCCCCAAAGCAAGAAAUUCCCAUCUGGACCAAGGCUCCGGAGACGGCCAAGGGAAGCCCCGUUUUUAACGACAAUAUCCUGGCAGAAGCCAUUAAGGCUAAUGGGGUCCGGGAGAAACCGACCACACAAACAGGCAGCCCGACCCACCCCAAACUCGGCCAGAGCCCCAAACUCCAACCGUACAAAAAUGGCAAGAUUGACUUGGAGACAUGCAAAAUGAAUGGAAAAAUGCAUCUGGAAUAUGACGCUCACUGGCGUUGGGUGCAGUCUCAAGAAGAUGUGACUUUUUUGUAAGAAGAAUAAAGAGGAUAUUGAGGGGACCAAAUCCACUACUGAACCCUCCCCCUG